AUGCCUGACCUCUUCGUUUCCUUGGUGGUGGUGGCGGCGGCGGUGCUGUUCAGCGAGGCGGUCCGCCGGACAGCCGCGCGUCUUUGCCCCACAGCUUAUUGGAUUUACCUGCUGGAAGCGGCGUCCACCUUCCAGCUCUGCUGCUGCACACACGAACUCAAACUGCUGGGCGAGACGACCCGGCUGGAGCUGCCGAUCAGCCUCACUAUCACCUAUAUCGUAACUGUUAUCCACUUGCUAACUUUUCGGGAGGCGACGUGUAACCCCACCGGGGCUCUGGAGAGCGUCUGCCGCGGCCGCAGCAGCGUCGCGGCGGCGCUCGUCCUCAUCGUCCUGCAGUUCGGCGCUGCAGUCGCCGCGCAGUUUUUCGCCGCCUCCGUGUGGUCGCUGGGUCUGUCCGACGUCCACGUCCGGCACCAGAAGUUCGGGUUUAGAUGCUUCGAUCCGCUCGGGGGGACAUUGCUGGAGGCCGCGGCCGUGGAGCUGCUGUGCAGCUUUGCGGUCCAAGCCACGGCCAUGCACAUCCACAAACUGGACCAGAAACUCCGGCCUCACUUCUUCGCUGCCGUCAUUACUGCAGCGGUUUACGCAGGUGGAAGUAUUUCAGGAGCAGUUUUUAACCCUGUCCUGGCCUUCUCCAUCCAGUUCCCCUGCAGCGGCCACACCUACCUGGAGUACUGCUUUGUUUACUGGCUGGGACCAGUGUUAGGCGUGGCGAGCUGCAUCCUGCUGUUUGAGAAGAUCAUCCCUUUCCUCUCUGGAAAGAGUACCAUUAGGCUGGACGUCCCUGCUGCCCAGAAACAGAAGACACAGUAGCAGUGAGAGGAAAAGACCGUGUUUAAGUUGUUUUUUCCACAUCCUAGAUGGAUAAAACCAGUGUAAUCAGAUUUUUUUUCUUUUGUCAUUAGCACUUCUGAAGACAGCUGGAGCAAUUAGGACUUGAUGAAUCUUUACUAAGUCAAAAAUCACUUGUGUGUAAAACUCCUGCUGUAUGUUCUACUGCAGGUUGGCUGCAGCUCCACAAUUCAAUUCUCUCUCUAUAUAUAUAUAUAUAGUGCAAAUUCACA